AUGAAGCUCGACCUCUCGUGGUCGCGGCUGGGGCAGCUCAUUGUUAAGGCGAUCGGGAUAGCGUGCGGGCUCUUGACGGUGGUACUGUUGUUUGUAGUGUCGUGGGGCGGGUCGUACCCAUCGUACGAUCCAAAUCCGCCUGUCCUCAUUCCAAGGCAAGGGGAUGUGUGGCAUGUUGGGGAGCUGCAUACGGUGGAAUGGAGCGUUGAUGGUAUUCGGACCACAAACUCUUCGGGGAAGCCGGUCCUUGCCCUCCUGAUCUUGGCGUACUGGACGGAGACGACCGAGCCAGCACUGCUGAGGCACGAACCUUUAACAGACUGGAUUCCUCUGACAGACCAGAUGGCGAAUGUGAUCGUGCCUUCAGUCCCUACGCGGAGCGACUAUGCCAUCUUCCUGAGCGCGCACGACGACAGGUCGAGCAGCAGUGGUACCAUCACCAUCUUCAACCCCGACGAUCCGACCGGGGCCAAAGAUCCUCCUCGUACGCUUACCGUCACGACCGCGCCCCCGAUCUCGGUCACCUACUGCGACGCCCACGACUGCGAUAUCCUCGGGGUCUCUGACUUCAGGCUCACCAACGUCGACGCCUCCCUCGUCGGAGUCUACAAGCUCUGA